CCGCACUUCCGGCCAGGCCGCCGGAUAUCCGGCGAGUGACCCUUGCGAGUCCUUCUGGAUUGUGAAGUGGAGUAGGCGCUGCUGUUGUCGCUCUUGUUCAAUCCAGAACCGCAGCCGGACAUGGGGCUGGAGGACGAGCGCAGGAUGCUGACCGGGUCCGGAGACCCCAAGGAGGAGGAAGAGGAGGAGGAAUUAGUGGACCCCCUGACCACCGUGAGAGAGCAUUGCGAGCAGUUGGAGAAAUGUGUGAAGGCUCGGGAGCGGCUGGCGCUCUGCGAUGAGCGCGUUUCCUCCAGGUCACAGACGGAGGAGGACUGCACGGAGGAGCUCUUUGACUUCCUGCAUGCAAGGGACCACUGUGUGGCCCACAAACUCUUCAGCAGCUUGAAAUAAAUAUGCAGAUUAAUCACCCUUGAGUUCCUUGUGGUUUUGAAGAUGCCAUUUGUUUCUUAUUUGUGUAACUGCAAGUUCAUGUGAACACCUCAUGGAUUUUGGUUAGGCAAGUUGCUUCUAUGUACUUAGCAGUGAUUACAUCUUAAUAAAGUCCAGUAAUCUGCAAA